AUUACCAUAUACCACAAAAAAGACUGUAAAUUUGUUGUUGCUUCUUCAAGAAAAUCCAAGAAAAAGUGAUGAUAGUCACGUCCUACCAAUACCCACAAAGCCAUUACUUCAAUCCAACUCUACAUUAUAGUGAUACCCUUUUGAUAAAUCUGAAUAAUAAUUAAAUAAAAUUCAAGAAAAGACCAUUUCUUGAUUUGAAUUACAAUGACUGAGGUACUCCAAUCAUCCCCAUCUCAUCACUUCCCUUCUCCUUCAAGCUCCUCUUCUUCUCCAUGUGUCAACAAUGAUAUCUCCCACCAACUUUCUAUUCAAGAAAUAGGCCUGGACCAAGACCAGCAGCUACAAGUACUCCAACAACAUCACCAACUUGAAGAAGAAGAAGAAGAGGAGGAGGAGGAUUUUCUUGUUGAGAGGAAGGACAGGGAAAGAGAAGGGGAUCAGCUCUCAAUUCUUGAACUUUUGAUUACUGUUUUUAGAAGGUCUGUUGUUGGCUGCAGUAUUACAACUACUGCUACUGGUGGUGGGAGUACUAAGGGGAUUUGCAAAAUGGAGAUUGGUUUGCCCACUAAUGUUAGGCAUGUUGCUCAUGUUACUUUUGAUAGGUUCAAUGGCUUUCUUGGUUUGCCUGUUGAGUUUGAGCCUGAAGUUCCCAGGAGAGCUCCUAGUGCCAGUGCAACUGUUUUUGGGGUUUCGACGGAGUCUAUGCAGCUUUCAUACGACUCUAGAGGGAAUAGUGUGCCUACAAUACUCUUGAUGAUGCAAAGACAACUGUAUGCUCGAGGAGGUUUGCAGGCUGAAGGAAUUUUCAGAAUUAAUGCGGAGAAUGGCCAGGAGGAGUAUGUUCGGGAACAAUUAAAUAGGGGAGUGAUCCCAGAGGAUAUCGACGUGCAUUGCUUGGCGGGUCUUAUAAAGGCUUGGUUUAGAGAACUCCCAACUGGUGUAUUAGACUCUCUUUCACAAGAGCAAGUAAUGCAGUCUCAGUCAGAGGAAGAAUGUGUUCAACUUACAAGGCUCCUUCCCCCAACAGAAGCUGCUCUGCUGGAUUGGGCUUUAAACCUAAUGGCUGAUGUUGCGCAAAUGGAACAUCUGAACAAGAUGAAUGCCCGCAAUGUUGCUAUGGUUUUUGCACCAAACAUGACUCAAAUGUCAGAUCCAUUAACUGCAUUGAUGUAUGCUGUCCAAGUGAUGAACUUUCUUAAGACUCUUAUCGUUAGGAUACUUCGGGAGAGGGAAGAAUCUGUGAUAGACCCGGCUCCUAACUCCCGACUCGAGCCCUUCGAUGAGAAUGGACACCAGAGCUCUUGUCAUCAACUCUUCACAGUGUUGAACGAGGCUUCCAAAGAGGAAAAUCGAGAGGAGGAAGCAUUUGUCUCCGAAGAACCUUCUAUCGAGACCCCUCCCCGACUUAGUCAAGAUGAUUUUACAACUGAAAAAAGAAGUCAAAACUUUCUGACUUCUAUUGAAAACCUCUCAACAGGAGGAAAUUGGUCUCUGGUUGAUAAUUGCCCUUGUGAAGUUGUAUCUCAAGUUGGCGCAUUUACAAAAGCGAGCAGAGGAAGAAGUUGCAGGAGCAGAACUGGUCAAUCCAGUAAUUCAAAUUUCAGAAGCGGAUCGAAAAUGGCGAACGAACACGCGAGGGCUCAAGCAGCAGGAUCAGUAGAGAAGAGCAAAGGAGCCAGUUUGGUAGGUUCUAUGAAUCCGAGGACGGAUUUGUUCGAAGCAUGGCGGUGAAGGCUGUUGGCUGGCUGAUUGUGUGUGUAGUAGAAGUACAGCAACUGAUGAAACAAGUUGGCUCAUGUGAUGGUGUGCAUUUUUCUUAUUGGAAAUAUAUUUGUGUAUGAUUUUUCUUGUGUGGGUUACUAUAUGAUUUCAUUUGUUCA